AUGGUCCGAAGGUCGGGGGGCACGAGAAGGUAUCUAGCACGCCGUGACCCUGGGAGCUCGGCGUUGGCCGCGCCGCCGCCGCCGUUGCUGCUGUUGCUGCUGCUAGCCUGGGCUGCGGCGGGGGGCCGAGGUCAGGGGCCCCUCGAGUUCCCUCACGCCGUUGCCAACCUGGCCGUGAGCGGGGAGCGCUUCCUGGUGGCCAGCGGCAACUGCUGGUACGAAGUGGCGCCUUCGCUGGCGUGGAAGGAGAAGCGCUUCUGCGAGAAGUCGGGCACGUCCUGCGGGGAGUCGGUGGCCUCGGUCAACAAGCUGCUGCUGCCCUUCAGUCGCGACCGCCUGCUCACCUGUUGGACUCAGCCGCAAGGCGUCUGCCGUCUGCAGAACCUCGCCGAUGUCAGCUUGAACGAGACGUUGGGCGAGGAACUGGUGACCUACGCGUCGGAAAGCGCGGUGGUCGGGUUGAUGUAUUGCGAGGACGACAAGGACUCACGUUGGUCGCUGGUCGCGGCCACGACCCAUAAACUGAACAACUGCCCCGAAAGCCCCCCGGCGAGCCACGCCAACAAGGCGGUCUUCCUCAUAAAAGAAGGUGAGGAACGCGUGGCCGAAAACAGGCAAGUGGCCAUGAAGAACGUCUACAACCUGCACUUCGAGGAUGCCUUUCGCUGGCAGAAGCACUUCUUUUUUCCUUAUCAUAACAAUGACAGCAUGCAGGCCAAGAUGCUCAUUGCUCUGUACGAGCGAAACACCUUCAGGCACAAUAGCCAGAUCCUGCGAUGUGGCGGCAAGACCAAAAUUCUUUCCUCGGCGUACCUGGAGCAACGCGGGCUCUGGGCCGGGAUUUUUGGCUCAGCUUCAAGUCCCGCCACCCCGACUUCCACGGGCCUUUGCAUCUUUGCUCUUGAAAAGCUGCUGGAGAAUGCGAAUAACUGCACGUUCAGACAGCCCCCCGCUUCCGAGUUCAGUUCGGAAGACGAUGCUUCAGACAAAUGUAUAAAUGUUACGUGGCCAAUCAAGAACUCAACUUCUCUGAGUCAUUUUAAUUUGGUUUCAGUUUAUGCCACUGUGGUUCUAAACAAGGCUGUUUUAUUUUUAGGGACAGGAAAUGGGCAGCUAUUGAAGAUUGUUCUUGAUGACGAACUGAAGCCAAAUUGUCCAGAAAUUUUAUAUGAAAUUAAGGAAGAAACACCCAUUUUCCAUAGGCUUGAACUUGACCCUACAGAUCAGAAUUACAUCUAUCUACCAUCUAAUAAUAUGAUCAGGAGAAUACAGGUUGCAAAUUGCAACAAAUAUAUUUCCUGUAGAGAUUGUUUAUCUGCAAUGGACCCACACUGUGGAUGGUGCCACACAAAGAAAAGCUGCACUUUAAAAGGAGAAUGUUCAUUUUCUAGUAACUCACCUAACUGGGUAAAUAUUUCAUACGGCAAAGAUAAGUGCCUGAAAAUCCACACUUCUGAUAAUCUUCACUUCAAAAAUAAUAAGAUUCCUGUGACAGUAGAUGUAAAUUCUUUUGGUCUUUCUGAAUCACGCUCCCGUUGCAGGAUGUUAAAUGCAAGGACCAAUGAAAUUCUUUGUGAUGUGAAUCAACACCAUCUCAAUUGUUCCUGUGAUAUAAAUUUUAAAGAUCUAUCAGACAAAGUUCAAGUGUUAUUCAUCUCAGGAACUUGGAAUUUAUCAGAAAUAUUUGAAUUUGACAUCUGUUCCUUAUCAAAAACAUGCUCAAAAUGUAAUCAUAUGCACUGCAUCUGGAAUGCUGGAGAAAAAAAAUGUGUUACCUCUACUAUGACUUGUGCCAAAAAAAUUGAUUGUAGUAGCACUAUCAAUGCAUUAAACAAAAAAGAUCGUUCAGCAACAUCAAAGCCUAUUAAAAUUAUUUCCAUUGAACCAAACUACGUGUCAACAUUAGGUAAACCUGAAGUGCUGGUUAUAGGAGAAAACUUUACAAAAUCAAAUUUUUUGAUGGAGAUAACUGGAACUAGCAGCUGCCAACGAGAUGUAGGAUAUGUUACUAAAGUGUUAAAUGGCACACACAUGAAAUUCUGUUUACCACCAAGUCGUAAAGAAGUCAAGAGCGCAUGCAUAAAGGAAGACGGAUUUGAAUGUUCUGCCUCUUUUCCACUACAUUACGUCUCUUUUCCAUCAUGCACUAAGAUCCUUCCAAAUAUUACUUGGAUGAGUGGAGGUCGCAAUAUGACUAUACAUGGGAAAUAUCUAAAUAUCAUAGAUGAAAUUAUUUUAAGUGAUUUCCCACAAAGCAUAAUGCAAUUUACUUGCCAUAAAAAUAGUUACGAAUGCAGUUUUACAACCCCAGCUAUUAAGAUGGAAAAAGGAUCUAAGAUUAUUAACAUUAUUUCUAAAGUUGAAAAUAUUAAUAUAUCUUGCGGUUACUUUCAAUAUUAUCCUGAUCCUGAAUUUAUUCAUUAUGAACUAAUAACUGAUUUGGAACCUGACCUGGAAUUGAAAAUACAUAAAACUAAAGACAACUUAAAUCUUUCUAGACAUGAACUUGAGGUUUUCAUUUCUGAUGAGAAUCUGGUCAACAUAACAUUCAGUGUCCAAAAUAUUUCAAAUACAGCUACUCGUAGCAUAAUACACUGUAGAGCUAAGCAGGAAAAAACUCUUACCAGGAAGAUUAAUAAGUCAAACGUGAAAGUUUAU